CCCGGUCCUAUAACUGUGGAAGCCGGAAGUGUGCUCUUUGGCGGCGAGUCCCCCAUAGACUUUCUGCCGGAAGUAGAGGCUAACCGGGCUUUACUAUGGCCGCAGUGCCGCCAGAUUCUUGGCAGCCCCCCAACGUGUUUCUGGAGACCAGCAUGGGGACCGUUGUGCUGGAAUUGUAUUGGAAACACGCUCCUAAGACGUGUAAGAACUUUGCAGAGUUGGCUCGACGUGGUUACUACAAUGGCACCAAGUUUCAUAGGAUCAUCAAAGACUUCAUGGUCCAAGGUGGUGAUCCUACAGGAACAGGCAGAGGUGGUGCAUCUAUCUAUGGCAAACAAUUUGAAGAUGAACUUCACCCUGAGUUAAAAUUCACAGGAGCUGGAAUUCUUGCAAUGGCCAAUGCAGGGCCAGACACCAAUGGCAGCCAAUUUUUUGUGACCUUGGCCCCUACUCAGUGGCUUGAUGGGAAACAUACUAUUUUUGGCCGUGUAUGUCAGGGCAUAGGGAUGGUGAAUCGAGUGGGCAUGGUAGAGACAAAUGCCCAGGACCGUCCUGUUGAUGAUGUGAAGAUUAUCAAGGCUUACCCAUCUGGAUAAAAGUGGAGUCUAGGCAGAUAUAUUCAUGCCAAGCCCCAGCAAGUUUCAUUGGAGACUUCUAAGCUGUGCAGUUCUUCGGUAUCCUGUGUCCAUCAGGACAAAAUGAUCUCUACAUUUCAUCUGUUUGUCUUGAGUUGGACUUGGACAUGUAGUUUCAGUUUUUUCCUGAAGAAUAAGCCCAGUGUCUCAGACAGACUAUAGAUGAAAGUGCGUUUUAAUUAGCAAGACACUUCUUUUCCUAGGAUAAAUGUCAAAACAUUGAACAUACACUUGUAACUUCAGUUGAUCAGAACUGUUCUUUCCUGUUUUUGUUUCUUCUGAUUCAUUUGGGAAAAAAAUUAAAUAGAAUCAGGAGAUGUUGGUA